AUAGCAACCCUGAAUAGUCGAAUUAAGGAAUUUGAAGAAAUAGAAAGAAUUGCAAGACGGCGUCUUUAUUUUCUGCUUAAUUGCCAUAUUAAUUACAAAAGUUUGAAUUUUUAAACAAUACGUGUCGUCCUUGAAUAGUUAAGGAAGUUAACACGGGAUUAAAAAAAACUUUCAAUAUGGGAGAUCAACAGUUCUUUCUGAAAUGGAACGACUUUCAGACGAAUAUGGUAACUUCCUUUAGGCAUUUGAGAGACGAAAAAAGUUUUACAGAUGUGACACUGGCAUGUGAAGGACAGACAUGUAAAGCACACAAAAUGGUGCUCUCAGCUUGUAGUCCAUACUUCAAAAGCUUAUUAGAGGAGAACCCGUCAAAGCACCCCAUAAUCAUCCUAAAGGAUGUGUCAUACCUGCAUCUGCAGGCGAUACUAGAGUUCAUGUACGCUGGAGAAGUCAAUGUCUCCCAGGAGCAACUGCCUGCCUUCCUCAAGACUGCUGCACGCCUCAAGGUAAAAGGCCUGGCCGAGCCGCCGCCGCAGAUGCCGAGCAUCAAACGGGAAGGGUAGCCCAGUGUCAAAGACUUUAGUGAACGCAAACACCAAUGUAUAAAUAACAAUAAUUUACACUCUCCCACACACUCACAUACACACAUAUAUAUUUUUAUAUGGCAUAUUUGACACCUGUGUCCUAGUUAGCAAGGACCUUUCGUAUUAGGGCUAUAUUUAGGUUAUUUAUAUCUGGCACCAAAUAAUCACAUGCUGAGUUCAUCUCAUGAUAUCCUGAAGAGAAUAUAAAAAAAAACCUAUCCUACAAACACCACAGUCCAAUCAUCAUUUUUGCCUACCUAUGGUAGCAUCGGCUGACAAGAGUUCACUUUUGAUAAAAUUACAAAGAUCUGGCUAUCACAGGCCCACAAAUUUACAAAGACGACAAGUUAGGUGCCAGGUAAAAAUAAUUUAUGUAUACAUGUUAUUAUCAUUUGCAUCAUUUUUAAAUUGUAUUUGAAGUAUAGGCCAGUCAAUUAAGCAAAAUAAAUCAAACAUAAAAAUGAGAAAUUGUAAGCUGUAAACUUGUAUACACUUUUAUUUUUUCGUUCUAAAAAUUGUCUAAAAAGUCUCAUAUGGGUGAUUGGCAUUGGAACACACUCUGCCCUCUGACAAUUUUUUUUAAAGAAUAUUUGCCAUGUAUAUUUUAAAAAUGGUAUUUCUGGUAGAGCAUAUGAAAAAAGUUUUUACAAUACAAUACAGUUUUCAUACAAUUUUCAUAAAAUGUUAACAUUAUUGGAGCUUUGAAAAUGAGAUAACAGGGAAAAACUUAAUUUUUGUGUCUUUUGACCAUGAUUGUCUUACAACGCAGACAUGAGAGUUUAUGUGACUUUUGAAACAAGCUUUAGGACACAGAAAUAAAGGUAUAUAAGAGGUGACAGUUUAUUAUUUUAUUAUAUUUAAUUUCUAAGUGAAAUCCUUAUUUGACUAGCCUAGAUAUAAACAAUUUCCAACAAGUUUUGUUGGACGCGAACUAAAUGCAAGUAUUCGUAUGACGCUAACAACAAUUGCUUGCAUCAGCAGCGUUGUUGUAUAUUAAAUACAUUUUCUUUAGCGCUUUGAGCAAUCUGACGUUUCUUCAAAUGUACAGUCUUAAUAUAUAGAAAUUUGGAUAAGUUCAUUUGAAAGCAAUAAUUCAUAGAUUAUAAAUCGAUAUAGAAUCUCUAUAUAGCAGGAUUUUUUCUGACGUGAAUUUAUUGAAGACAAUUGUCAAGUUCAUAGUCGCUUUUCCACUAAGCGACAUUUUUAUCUAUUAUGUGGCCUUAGUAUGGUAUUUGUGAUUUGAAGUUGUUAUUGAAAUUGCAAAGUGACAAAUUUUGACAGAUUUUGGGGGUACGAGUUUAAAUUUUAUCUAUUUCUUCUGUAGAAUUUAACCCUCUUUGUUUACUCAUAAAAAAAAUCUUAACCUCCAAAAUCAUCACAUAUCUAAUAUUUAAACAUAAUCUUAUGCUAGAUGAUGUAAUAAACAAAUCAAUAAUAUAAGUUGAGUGUAAUAUUUUAUAUUAUUGAUUUUAAUAUAUGAGACAAAAAUUGGAAAUAACUAUGGUAAAUAGUUGCAAGAAAUUUCUAUUAAUGUUCCAUAUCAGCCUAUUUUAAAUAUGACUAGUCGACUAAACAUCCACUAAAGGUCACCAUGGUCAAGCUCCAUAAUUGGCUACCUUACUACUACCAAUGCUACCAAUGCUAGAAAUAUGAGCUGACGAACUUUCUACCUUCAUAAAAUAGGUAUGUCAGGCAGACAUAAGUCCGCCAGCCAAUCUCAACGACUGGACCUUAUCACGUCUCAUAUAUUUUAAAUGUUAUCUUUAUAGAAUAACAUGGCAAUAAUAAUAUUACAAUCAUAAUUAAAACAAUAAUUAGUGAGGAGGCUCUCAUUCUGGAGACCUGACCACCGGUUGCACCAGCGGGCAAUCAGACAGAAGUGAUAACUUAAACUAGCGUUAUGCGUGAGAGAAAGGGAAGCCAGACAGAAUGGCGCCGUAACGCGUUACGUUACGAAUCGGUUCACCCUCUCAUAUGAAGUUAUCACUUCAAAUAAAUAAAUGGGAGUAUAAAUAAUCACAAUCACAAAGAAUGCGCUUUGUCGUUUAUUGUUAAAGCGAUUGUGUCAUUUGUAUACAGAUGUGUUAUUAAUAAUUAUAAUUAUAAUUAAUAAUUAUAAUUAAUAAGUAUAAUUGUAUCAAAAGAAGUAUAUUAUCUGACAAUUGCAAACAGAUUGUGGUCGCAAGCACACUUUAGACUCCAACCUUAGUUACCUGACGACCAAAGUAUUAGCUUAUAACCUCCGGAUAUCUGAACUAAAGUCUGCUUAGCGAGCAUAUCGAAAAGUUGGUUGCUGGUUAGUUAACUGUACGAACUAGUAUAUAUAUAUAUAACUAAUAUAUAUAUAUUAACUGGAAAAAUAAAAAAAAAAAACAUAUUUUCUACUAGCAGUUUUAACCAUCCUAUGUAUAAAUGGUAAAAAGUGGAAAAUCCGUAUUCUUGGUGAAACCCAUUUUAAAAAACGUUACGCGUCUCCUUGACAUCCGCAUUCAAAAUUUAUCACUAACAACAGUUACUUAAUACUUUAUGGUACAAUUACUACCAGCAACUUCAAUGAAUGUCUGAUGUAGACAGUAUCCACCAAGGGAUGCCUUAUGAUACUUUCCAAUACAAAAAAAAAUAUUUCUGUUUAGGAAAUAAAUGAAAUAUUUUAAUGUUUCUUGGAAAACGUUAAAAUAAUAAUAUUUCUUAUACUUCUUUAAAGUGUGUUUAUCUAAUUAAUUUUAAUAUUUUUAACUCCUGAAUUAAUUCUUUACGUUGGAUCGAUUUUCACAUCGUAAAUUGCUUCAUUGAUUUUAUUGUCAAUUUUAUUAAUAAUAUUUAGAAAGGACAGGAUAAUGAAAUAUUUGCACAUAAACAGAAUUUCAAUUAAUCGGGCUGAUAAUAAUUUAAUUUUGACGACCUAUCACAGAUUUUAUGACAGAUUUUUCGUUUUCGUAAGACGUGCGAUUGCAAAGUGUAAGUUUAAUUUUUGUCGACAAAAUGGCUGAGAAGUUUUGCAAAAAAAAUUGAUAACAAAAUCUAAAUUCGUUUAUUUUAAGUAGGCUUUAGAUUUGUAGGGUUUUUAAACGUUAAGUUUGUCUAUUAGUAGGGACUCUUUCAGUGGUUCAAAAGGCUGGUUUUGCUAUUUUUCUCGAAACCUCACUAUUUCAAUGGUAUGUCAACUAAAAGUUUGUAUUGGAAUGUCUCAAUAAUAUCUGUUGUGAUGUCUGUAUAUCCGACCUUUUUUAACCGACUUCAAAAAAAGGAGGUUUCUCAAUUCGCCCAUAUAUAUAUUUUUUUUAUGACAUACAAAUGUCUCUAAGACCUAUAGUGUUUUAUUUUAGCUGUCAUGCUCAUUAACAGCAUAAUAUUUUUUACUUUCUAGUUUUUAUUAUUUUUUUUGAUUGAUUUUUAUCAAAAAUUUUUUAAUUUAGUUUUAAGCACAGGUCGCGUCGCUUUUAUUGAAUGUCCAAAAAAAGAAUUCACUAUAGUUAGUUCGUAUUUAGAACCAGUAUUUUUUUAUUGAGAACUCAUGGUGGCGUCAUUUGAUAUUACAAUUUUUUUAGAAACUUCACCUUAAAUGUUUUUUUUUUCAGAACGCCAUCUCAAAGCAAAUAUUAAAGUCGUCAGGACCUGUUAUUUUUUUAUGAGCUGGCGUCAUUUCAUAUCACCAAAUUUUUUUUAGAAACUUCACCUUAAAUGUUAUUUUUUUUUCAGAACGCCAUCUCAUAACUCAAUUCCAAUUCCAACUUCCAUAAUGGCAUUAGCAUAUUAUUAUUCUUGUUAGGAAGACGCAAGCUUAGUACAAAUUGUAUUCAACUUUUAUUUAAAAAAAUCUAAAUCAUGUAAGUAUCUAAUAAUAAAAUUAUACUUCUAUCUACUAUGGAACGCAACGCAGUUAUUUAUAAUAUGCACAACUCAUUUAUUUUAUACAAUGAGAUUAAUUGUAUACUAUGCGUUAUUUACUUAGCUUUAAUUGAAACAUACUCAGAGUCACAAUUAUCCGCCCACUUUAAUACGACGCGAGUGUAUUGUGGGCGGAUAAUUGUGCCUCUGAGUACAUAACGCACUUUUGAAGUAGCAGGUGGCCCAUUUUGACAACGUGACGACAUACUCAUUUGACAAGCACAAUUCUCGCAUAUUAUUGGCGUAUAAUAUGCGAAAAUUGUGCUAGCCAACGAUUAUUUUAUACUAUAGAUAAGUUACUUGCAUACAAAAUCACCACAAAAAGUGAUCCGAAUUUAGCUACUCCAUUGAGCGCACACGUUUACAAUUUAAAUUAAGACAAAUAGCCACUGUUCGCCUCAGUUUUGACGCCUUAGUGACAUAUCUAAUCGUAUUCUAAAUCUAUAGUGUUAACUAUGUACUUUAAUUUUGACUUAUUAUUUGGUCUGGAGUAUAACUUUUUGAUAUGAUAUUGCGUUGCGUUCCAGAGUAGCUUGCCUUUGUGCACCAGUUUUAAACUUUUUAUCAUACACAAUUUUUCGUUUUAAUAAUUUUCUUUUAAUUUUAUCAAUUAAUUUAGUUGUAAGUAUUUUAUGAUUUCAGCAUUUUUUUCGUUUUGCGUUAGCUUCCUUCCGUAUUACACAAUAAUGUUAGUUGUUUGUAUAAAUGUAAAUCUGAUAUUUUUAGACAGAGUAACGAAAUGUGCUGAAUAAAUACUUAGUAAUCACGUGAACUUAGUCGGUAAUGAUUGAAAGAUUUGUAAUUUUAGAUAUUAAUGAUAAAAAAAUAAAUAAUAGUUAUGGUAUGUA